AUGGCUCAGCGACGCAAGUCGGAGACCACCCUGACGCCAGUGCACGAAGGAUCCAGUGCCUAUCGGUAUACCAAGUUCGCUGUCCUGGGUUCUGCCCUCACCCCUCGCAGCAAAGAAAGCCUUGUCGUGGAGGCAGACCGGGAACCCGAGGAGGCUGCGGUCCAGUCCGUGAUCCAGGACCUCUUCGACGACUUCAUUUCCUUUGGCGGCUCGGCUCGGACACCAGCCGCACCGGCCAAGCCCGAGCCCAGCGAGCCGGCCUUACUGGACAAAGUGCCGUGGCACAAGUCCAUCUGGGGCAUCGAGUCGGCUUCACUACGGCUCCAUCACGAGAUCGUCGAGCUGGCGCGGUACCUGACGCCUCUGCCGGAGGAGGCGAUGCAGCGGAACGCUGCGAUCCAGCGCGUGCGAGAUGUGGUGGCGUGCAUCUGGCCCGAGGCGCAGGUCAAGGUUUUUGGCUCCUUUGCCACCGGCCUGUACCUGCCCACGUCGGACAUCGAUGCGGUGGUGCUGGGGUCGGGGUGCGAGGAUGUGCCCCAGGGUCUAAAGGCGUUGGCCUCGGCGCUGCACCGGAAGCACCUGGCCAAGGACAUACAGGUGAUCACCAAGGCCAAGGUCCCCAUCAUCAAGUUUGAGGAGGCAGAGUCGUGUUACAAAUUCGACAUCUCCUUUGAUGUGGCCAAUGGGCCAGAGGCGGCCGAGUCGGUGAGGGCGCUGAUGGACGUCCUGCCGCCCAUGCGGCACCUGGUCAUGGUCCUGAAGGUCUUCCUGCACCAGCGCGACCUGAAUGAGGUCUACGCAGGCGGCCUGGGCUCCUACGCCCUGCUGGUGCUGGUGGCCGCCUUCCUGCAGCUGCACCCCUCCCGUCAGCCCUCCCGACGCUUUGGCAAGGGGCCCAGCAAGCCUGAGGACCUGGAGCAGAACCUGGGCAUCCUGCUCAUCGACUUCUUCAGGCUCUACGGCCGGACACUCAACACUUACGAUGUGGGGGUGAGCUGCCGCAACGGGGGAGCCUAUAUCAAGAAGUCGGCCUCCGGUUUCUACUCGAGUGAACGUCCCUACCUGCUCGCGGUAGAGGACCCCUGCGACCCGACCAAUGACCUUGCCCGAAACUCUUACAACAUUAGCAGGGUGCGCGCCGCGUUUGAGUAUGCAUAUCUGCGGAUGGUAGCACCUUCUAGCCCAAAGGAGUCCAUCCUCGCCCGCGUGCUGCGAUUGGACCCUGUGCUCUUCAUGCGGACGCCGGUUGCACACCCGGAGUCACCACAGCGCCCUCACAAGAAGUCCAGGAAGAAGCGAAAAAGUGAAUCCCCCGCAGCACAGGUAGGGCGGAAGGUUGCCGCUCACUUUGUGAUGGUGCACGCGGAGUAUGGUGAUGGGAGAAGGAUCGGCAGCGAUCUCAGCCACUGCUUGAAAGUGAUGCGAGUCGCCCACUGA